UUUUUUAACAACCAAACUAUGAUCCACACCAACCCGAAGGAGAGGAGAGAGAAAGUGAAAAGCUUCAGGUACAGUAAACACACCUCCUGUUCAGAGCUUGCUCCACCCACUCCCUGCACACCUGCAUAUAAGCACACCUGUAGCAUCAGCAGCACAGAGACUGCUUUAUUCCUCUGGAUCCCUCUCCGCUUCUAUCUCAAGAAAACACUGCCACUCAUAAUGUCCAGCAUAUCAAUGAGGAGUUACUCCAUGAGCCGCCAGCCCUCCUUUUCCAGUCGUUCUCUGAUGGACACGGGCCGCGCUCGCUCCCGUGCAUCGGUCUCUUUCGCCGCAGCCAGCCCGCUGAGCCGUUCACCAUCUAUCAGUCAGGAUCUCAACGGGCCAAUGAGCCUGCAACUUAAUGGACUGCACGGCAACAGCACCAACGACAAGGAAGCCAUGCAGAGUCUCAACAACCGUCUGGCCAACUACCUGGACAAGGUGCGUUCACUGGAGCGCUCCAACGCAGACCUGGAGAUGAAGAUUAAGCAGCUGAUGCUCGACCGCAUUCCCAAAGGUCAUGACCUCGACUCCAUGAUGGCCCAAGCUCAUGCUGUUGAGCAAGAGGUGAGGAAGAAGACCUUGGAAAAUGCUCGUCUCAUGUUGGAGAUUGAUAAUGCUAAACUGGCUGCUGAUGACUUCAGAAUCAAGUGGGAGACUGAGCUGGUGAUGUGUCAGUCUGUGGAGCGAGACUGUGUUGCUCUGAAAAAGGCCAAGACUGACCAUGAGCAGAUCAUCGCCUCUCUGAGGGGAGAUCUGGACAGCCUGAAAGAAGAACUUUACUUCCUAAAGAAAAACCAUGAGGAGGAAAUGGAGCAGAUGAAGUCUCGUAUUGCCAGAGAUGAGGUCCAAGUGGAGGUGGACUCUGGUAUCAGCGGGCCGGACCUGGGUACCAUUCUGAAUGACCUGCGUACCCAGUAUGAGGGGAUUGUCAAGAAGAACAAGGACCAAGCAGAGCAGUGGUACCGCAAGAAGCUGGAGACCGUGCAGAGCGAGGUGAAGGAGAGCAACGAGGCUCUGAGAGGAGCUCAGAGCGAGCUGACCGAGAGGCAGCGCUUCCUGCAGACCCUGGAGGUGGAGCUGGAUAGUCUGCACAAACAGAUAGGUGCGCUGGAAGGUAACAUGGGUGAGACGGGUCAGAAAUACUCUGGCGAGAUGGAUCGGCUGCAGUCCAACUUGAGCCAGCUCGAGGAUGACCUCUCUCAGCUCAGGCUGGACAUGCAGCGCACCAAGACCGACUAUGAGCAGCUCCUCCGCAUCAAGCAAAACCUGGAAAUGGAGAUCGCCACCUACAGGCGCCUGCUGGAGGGAGAGGAAACAGUCAAGGAAGUUCCUCCUCCACCAAAAAAAGAGCCUGACGUUCGGACCAGGAAAAUUGUGAAGGUGGUGACCCAGACGAUGGUUAACGGCAAAGUGGUGGAUGAAUCCAGCGAGGUGGAGCAGAUCGAGGAGACCAAGAAAUAAAAAGAGGAAGUGAAAAUAAAAAAAUGAAAAUAGAAAGUGGCAGGAAGUGACACAGAGAUUUGCAGAGACAGGAAGAGAAAUUAAAAGAUUAGUAUCGGAUUAUUUCACAUGAGCUGUGGAGCUUCAUUUGAGGCAUCGUUUAUUCUUAAAGAGAAAAUAUUGUUUUCAUUUUGGGAGCAUUGUUCGAUGACGAAUGUUUUAUGUUUUCAGAGAAAUGUUUUCCUACAGUUGACCUGAUCAGUUAUACUUUAAUUAAUUGUUUGUUUUGGAGAAAAUGUGACAAACAUAUGUCCAUUACUGCUGUAGCUAUGCAUGCCUAUACUUAUUUUGAAUAGAGACUGUGUGUGUGUGUUGUGUGAGAGCAACUGACUAACCAUCUUCAUACAGUUUUACUAAUAAAGUCCUGAGUGGUUAAACAAGAUAUUUAUUUGUUAGUGUGUUAAAGUUUACUUUAGUGGAUGUAACACAUACUUUUACAAGAAUAUCAUUUAUCUGUAUUUGCCCCUUAUGUGUUUGUACCUAAAAUAAAGUUUCUUUAAUCCAUGA